GCCAUUUCAUCAGGUCAGAGCCAAAGAAAAGCUUGAAAAAUGAAGACAUUAGCAGGACUUGUUCUGGGACUUGUCAUCUUUGAUGCUGCUGUGACUGCCCCAACUCUAGAGUCCAUCAACUAUGACUCAGAAACCUAUGAUGCCACCUUAGAAGACCUGGAUAAUUUGUACAACUAUGAAAACAUACCUGUUGAUCAAGUUGAGAUUGAAAUAGCCACAGUGAUGCCUUCAGGGAACAGAGAGCUCCUCACUCCACCCCCACAGCCUGAGAAGGCCCAGGAAGAGGAAGAGGAGGAGGAAUCUACUCCCAGGCUGAUUGAUGGCUCUUCUCCCCAGGAGCCUGAAUUCACAGGGGUUCUGGGGCCACACACAAAUGAAGACUUUCCAACCUGUCUUCUGUGUACUUGUAUAAGUACCACCGUGUACUGUGAUGACCAUGAACUUGAUGCUAUUCCUCCGCUGCCCAAGAACACCGCUUAUUUCUAUUCCCGCUUUAACAGAAUUAAAAAGAUCAACAAAAAUGACUUUGCAAGCCUAAGUGAUUUAAAAAGGAUUGAUCUGACAUCAAAUUUAAUAUCUGAGAUUGAUGAAGAUGCAUUCCGAAAACUGCCUCAACUUCGAGAGCUUGUCCUGCGUGACAACAAAAUAAGGCAGCUCCCAGAAUUGCCAACCACUUUGACAUUUAUUGAUAUUAGCAACAAUAGACUUGGAAGGAAAGGGAUAAAGCAAGAAGCAUUUAAAGACAUGUAUGAUCUCCAUCAUCUGUACCUCACUGAUAACAACUUGGACCACAUCCCUCUGCCACUCCCAGAAAAUCUACAAGCCCUUCACCUCCAGAAUAACAACAUUCUGGAAAUGCACGAAGAUACGUUCUGCAAUGUUAAAAAUUUGACUUAUAUUCGUAAGGCACUAGAGGACAUUCGAUUGGAUGGAAACCCUAUUAAUCUCAGCAAAACUCCUCAAGCAUACAUGUGUCUACCUCGUCUGCCUGUUGGGAGCCUUGUCUAAUUUCAGAUAAUGGUUAGCAUUAUGAUGGCUACUAUAAAUAAACCAUUCUUACUGCACUCUUCCAAAACAAAACUCAGCAUGAUACUUUGAGAUUGUGUUCUGAGAGAUGAUAUGACUACAUAAACUACAAUUAAAAAUGUUAUAAUAUAAUGAAAAUGUAGUAAUUUAAGAAAACACCAGAUGAGUUAGGAAUAAACCUAUAACAUUUAUAAAAAAGAGCAAAACUAAGUGAUAGAAAAUAUUUCACACAUGUUCUUAUAGAUCAUGUAUCACUUGCAAGUUUUAGGAGUUCAUAUCCUAUAUCAUUUCAAAUUAAGUACAUAAUAAAGUAAAAUUUUGAAAUGAACACUUUAGGUAUUUUUGCCAAGAUUUAGAUGUUGUUAAUUAAACUUUUCUCUUCCUUUUUUUUUCACUAAAGCAUGUUUAUUCCCCUAAUCCAUUAAAGAGCAUGAAAAAAAGAAUAAAUGUAUUUGAAAAUUA